UUAUUUCACCUUGCAAUUACUCUUCCAGGAAUGAGAUGCAGAAUGAGAAGGAGGAAGAGGAGAUAAGCAGCAACUUGGGCGCCCUGUUCUGGGACACAGCCUCCGCCUUGCCAGACCACACGGCCAUUCACUACCAAGGAGAUGGUGAGUGCAGUGUGGUGACCUACCGUGACCUGAGGACUGAGGUGGUCAAGGUGAGGGAGGCGUUGAGGCGACAUGCAUCCGAGGAACAGCAGGGGACCAGGGGUGAGGCAGAGGGAGGCUCUACUGUUGGCUCAGAUGGGAGAGGAAGCACACCAGAGGUACAGGUGGUUGGGAUCCUUUCAUCCGGCCCUAAGGCAGUGGCGUGCAUCCUUGGAACACUGGUGACAUGUGGCUACUGGUACAUCUCCCCUCACUACACCAGGAGGGAGGUCACUGCACUGGCUGAGAGAAUCCAUCCAGAGCGAAUACUUGUUGAGGAUACACUCCUGCCCAGCCUGGAGGACUCUGGUACUGAAGUCCUAGACACUUUCUCUGUAUUUGGGACACCUUUUAAAUUAGUGUCCAUCAUCAACAGGGAAAGACGUUCAUUGACUCGGAGGCCAAAGAGUUUGGUGUAUGUUGUGCCAACUUCUGGCACCACAGGCACCCCAAAGUGUGUGUAUGUGCCUCAUGCCGCCAUCGUACCUAACAUACACGACUUGGAGAAGCUGUUCAAGGUCACCUCGGAGGACAGGGUAUUCUGUGCUGCUCCUCUCACCUUUGAUCCUAGUGUCAUUGACCUCUUCCUGGCCUUCCAAGUGGGUGCUGGCCUAGUCAUGGUGUCCCCAAAGACCCUACGAACUCCCAGGUUGUUGCUAAAAGUCCUCGUAGAGACCAAAGUCACAAUCCUGCAGGCCACCCCGACCCUGUUCCUGAGCCUUGGCCGUGGCAGCGUGAGGGAGAACCUCCUGUCACAGGGCUCCCGGCUGAGGGUGCUGGCCCUGGGAGGCGAGGUGUUCCCCAAAGGAUCCAUAUUGAAGGAGUGUGUCGGGGACCAGUGUACAGCGAGGAUCUUUAACCUAUACGGCCUGACGGAGGUGUCUUGCUGGGCGUCGGUCUGGGAGUAUGUGCCUCAUGGGGCCAGUGCCUCCCCUGUGGUGGACCAGACACCCAUUGGGGAGCCCUUGUCCCACACUGAAAUGAAAGUGUUGAAGGAAAAUGGGGAGGAAGCUGACAGUGGGGAAGAAGGGGAAAUUUAUGUAGGAGGGGAGGUGAGAGCCUGCCUUGUGGACUCAGGAGAUGGUGCCACAGAGAGCCAGGCAGUGACCCACAUGAGGCCGACUGGUGACCUGGGACUUGUGAAGGACGGCCACAUUUACUGCCUUGGGAGACUAGAUGACCAAGUGAAGCGAAAUGGUCAGAAAAUUAGUCUAAGGGAAAUUGAGUGUGUUUGUUUAGAUCUUCCAUACAUCAGUCAGUGCCUUGUGCUUCCCUGUAAAAGCAGACUAAUAAUGUUUAUAUGUACUUGUGACGAGGGAAUCACUCUGAAUGAUAUCUGGAGGGACUUGAAGAACUGUUUGGCUCCUUGGAAGAUUCCUGAUGAGGUUGUGUUAGUCAACUCGGUGCCCCUCAACACUCAUGGGAAGGUGGACACACAGCAACUACUCUCUCUCAUGGCAGAGACUUGUUGCCCUCCCAGCCACACACACACUCUGCAGGGCUUCUUCAGCGACCUCUGGAGGAGAAUUCUUGGCUAUGAGAAAGUAAGGGAGGACGACCAGUUCAUCUCAUGUGGUGGCAACUCUCUCACUGCUAUCCAGGUCACUGCCAGAGUGGAGGAAUACUUAGGCCAUGAAGUACCUGAGUUCCUUGAUGCACUGCUACAUGACACAUACAGUGAAGUGUUCCAGAUCCUGAGGAAACAUCACCUAGCCAGAAAAAGUGACACGACUAAUGGCAGCUCAAGCAAGAAAAUUAAAAACAACCAAUCUGCCCUUUCCAAACCUAAGCAAAACGGUAGCAUAAUACAAACAGAAGGUGAAGCAACUGUAUGUUCAACUGCAUUUUCAGAUUGUAAAAAUUCAAAGGGCAUAAUGGCAAAUGGAGACCAGGAGAACAGUACAAGUUUGAGUCAGAAUGAGAACACUAUUUUGGCAGCUGUUUCAAGAAGGGGUGUUGAGAUAAGGGAAUCGACACCACUAUCCUGCAAACUCUCCCAUAACACCUACACACUCAAGUGGAAAUAUGACUUUGGGAAAUGCAUUGACUCUUCACCUCUCCUUGCCAAGCUCGCAGACAGUGGCAUGUUUGUGUUUGCUGGUUCUCACUCCCACAGAUUUGCCUGCCUGGAUGCUGUGACUGGGGUGGAGAGGUGGUGCUGCAUCCUGGGUGACAGAGUAGAGUCAUCCCCAGCCAUAUCACGCUGUGGGUCUUUUGUUUACGUGGGAUGUUACGACCACCACCUCUACUGCGUGACGGUGAAGGAUGGGAGAGUGGCAUGGCGGUACAGAACUGGAGGAGAGGUUAAGAGCUCACCAGUAGUGGAUUGGGAGACUGGCUGUGUUGCAUUUGGCUCUCAUGAUAAGCAGCUCCACUAUGUAGGGGUGGAUGGAGAGGCCAAGUGGGUGUUGCAAGUGUCCAGUGGAAGUAUAUUCUCAUCCCCAUGUAUUGCCCAAGGGUUGGUGAUUGCAGCCACACUAGAUGGGGUGCUGUGUGGUGUGGACAAAAGCAGUGGGGAUGUGAAGUGGAAGGUGACACUCAAAAAGCCAAUAUUCAGCUCUCCUGCAGCCUAUUCUUGUGGUGUUGUGUUUGGGACUGUUAGGGGAGAAGUGCUGAGUUACUCCCUCACCGGCACCUUCUUGUGGCAAUAUGAGACCAAGGGAAGCAUUUUUUCAUCUCCUUUCAUUCUAAAACUCGGGGAUAAGCUUGAGGUCAUAGCCAUUGGGUCACAUGACAAGUGUGUUUAUUUCCUUACACACCUGGGGGAAUUGAUGGCAAAGUACUGUGGUGGUUCCCCAGUGUAUGGCACCCCCUUCCUGUACCUGGGUGAAGAUAGAUGUGCCUUUGGUGCUGUGGUGUGCGAGACUCAUGGAAGAUGCUGUGUGUUGAGGGUGAGGGUUGGUGGGGAGGAGCAGGAAGGUGGCACACUGGAGGCAGGCACAGAGGUGAUGUGGGAGAAGGAGUUCCCAGGAGAGCUCUUUGCCUCACCAGUGUGUUAUGAGAAUAGACUUUGGAUUGGCUGUCGAGAUGACUUCCUCUACUGUUUUAAUGUUGUAGAUGCGGGUGAAUGAAAUGAGAUUUUUUUAAUAAAUCUGCAUCAAGUAUGAGUAGUGGAAAUGGGGUAACCAAUCAGGAGUGUAUUGCCCCUGCUAGUAGCAAAUAUUGAUGCAGUCUGUGGAAAUAAAGAGAAUAGCACCAGGACAGCCCACCCUGAACCUCUUGCAGUGGUGAUUUACUAAUUUGGGUAAUGUAUUUUUUUUUUUUUCUUGAGGCAUGUUAGAUUUUGUUUUAUGUCAAUCUGAUGGCCUGGGUCCCUGUAGAAGAGCACUGUGCCAUCCUUGCAGGCUGUAAUUGGUCCUGUAUUGGAUGGGUGCGUUGCCCAGGUGGUGUGGGCUGGAGCAGGGAAAAUGGCUUGAACUUGUCAGUGGAAUCAGGGAGAGUUUAUAUUGAUACACUAAAAUUAUACUGAAUA